UAUCUAAUAUUGUUCUAAUUACUACAUCAAAGUAUUUUGCAACAGCUGAAGAAUUAAGAUGUGCCAAUCAAGCAUGUUCUGUAGCAGAUAAAAAAUUUUCAGAUGAUAUGUUAUUAAAAUCAAUUUUUGUAUUA